AUGUCUACUACUUCACGGUCCUUGACAUCCCUACAUACAAUGCAAACGACAGAAUCACAGAUUGUCCUGAUUUUAGUGGGUCUGAUAGGCUCAGGAAAGUCGACCUUCGCGCAAGCACUUGAACAACAACUUCCCCAUUUCCGCCGAUGCAACCAAGAUGAUCUUGCCGGAGACAGGCGGAGGGUCGAAGUACUAGCGCGAGAGUCCCUCCGGGCAGGUCUCUCCGUGUGCAUUGACCGCACGAACUUUGAUCCACGGCAGCGUGCGACGUGGAUCAAUAUGGCAUAUGAGUUUCCUGGAACUCAGGUAUGGAUUCUUGUCUUCGACACUCCGUACGAGGUCUGUGCCCAGCGUUUGCAGGAGCGGAUCAAUCAUCCUACUAUCAAGACCCCCGAGCACGGUAGGUCCGUGCUCGAACGCUUCCACUCUCAAUAUCAAGCACCAUCUCCCUAUGAAGGCUACUCACGAUUGCUAAGUCUGCGUCCCUCUGAUCAUCCAUCGCCAGUCUACACGUACGACGAUAUAUCCGGCAUCUUGCAGCGCAUACAAGAUGCUCCUUCUCCGGCGUCGACGCCCGCAACCGGACCAAAGGGAAGAGGACAUCAUACUAGAGGUUAUCGCGGCCACCAGACACGCGGCCACGGUGACUAUCGCGGUUGCCGUGGUUCAGGCUCCAGGUUUGGCCGCAGCUCGCACAAUCCGUUGUACGGGUCAGACAGACCAGGUUUUGAACGACACGGGACGAGCUCAGGCUCGAGAGAGAAUUUCAAUAAUAGUCGGUCGGACUCGGAUUCUUGGAGGUCCUAA